CUUCCGUUGUAGUUCCAGAUUCAGUACCGAUCACUUCUGGACCUCUUAUUAUCUUCAGUAUUAUUUGUAUUCUUUACGCAGACUCUAAGUCUUUGUAUUGACGCGGGUGUCUUAGUUUCUAUCAAUUGCCGUUGGCUUCUGUUGAUGUGUCGGUGACCCCGGCUUUCUGAUGCCCCUCGCACCUGCGAACCAGUCCCAGCUGAUUCGGUCCAGUCAGAAGGACGAUUACUAUCAAAGCUUCCUAAGGAACAACGCAAAUGAAGCCUUUCAAACGGUUGCAGGAUCAAAAAGGUGGUUGGACUGGAGGAAAGAGAUUGAGCUCUUGUCAGAUGUGGUCUACUACACCCUGACAACGUUCUCAGGCUACCAAACUCUGGGUGAGGAGUAUGUCAACAUCAUCCAGGUGGACAGUAGUAGGCGCCGGCUCCCUUCCUGGUCCCAGCGAGGUCUCUUCAUCCUCUGCCACACCUUCCUUCCAUACUUGGUGGACAAGACCCUGGUGUGUCUGGAGAAUGAACUGGAGGGAGAUCAGGAGCGCUGCAGCAGCGUCAGGCGCAGGCAAGCGGCGUCUGGCUCAUGGACAUUGGAGUCAUGGUUAAGGAGAUGCAUGCAGAAGGUCGUGGGGUGUUUGUCCGAGCCCCAGAAGAAGGCGUCUCUUCCAGUGGUGUUCGCUCUUCAGCAAGGACUGACACUUCUGCACCGACUGCACGUGGCUUUGUUCUACAUUAGUGGCUCCUUCUAUCAUCUGUCCAAGCGGGCGUCAGGCAUUAACUAUGUGCGUGUCAUGCCGGUGAGUGCUGAUGAUGGAAACAUCAGGAGCAGCUACAGGCUUUUGGGACUAGUGUCUCUGGUCCAGCUGGUCCUGACAUUGGUCCUGCAGCUCAACAACUUCCGACAGAGACAGAGAGCCAGGCAGGAGUGGAAGCUGUACAGGAAUCUCACUGCCAGCGAGCAAGACUCUCACAGCUCCAAGUCCAGAGCUGCCCGCUGCAUCCUGUGUCUGGAGGAGAGGAGACACUCCACAUCCACUCCCUGUGGCCACCUCUUCUGCUGGGAGUGCAUCACAGAGUGGUGCAACACCAAGGCCGAGUGUCCACUGUGUCGGGAGAAGUUCCAGCCUCACCGACUUGUCUACCUGAGGAACUACAGAUGAGCCGCAAUGCUGUUCCCCUCAGCUGCUCUGAGACCAACACACUUGCUGCUCUCCCUCUAAAAUAUUUUCAUAUUUAAGCCUCUGUCUUCAUUAAGAUAGAGGGAUUGCAUCCGUCCAAUACUGGAGGGAUCAACAAUGCCCCACUACUGGAGUUGGAUUUUUUAUGAAACUGUGUGAAUGUGAAAAUGCAGUUGUCUGGUUGAAUAAAUUCUGUGAUUGUACGUGUUGUGUGUGAAGUCAUGCUGCAUGCAAUUUAACCACCAAAAAUGAUCCUUUG